CAAAGGAUUCUGAGAAAUGUCGUCUUCUAGGAGAGCAAAGCAAGGGGAUAAGAUUAGGAAACCUUGGAAACGCUUACAUUCAAUACGGUAUAAAAGCUGUAAGCGAAGUCCGGAACCAACAGUGCAGACGCUUGUUCGCUGGAGUAUUUCGAAGUUCGAAUUUGCUUCAGUUUUGAAAAGCCUGCGUGAUUUCGCUUGCGAGAAAACUUUUUUGAAGUAUUGCGCCAGAGAAAUCUAUCCAAGUUUUUGCUACUCGACGCUCGAAAGGAUUAAAACAAAAAAGUCAAGAUGUCAGGAGAGCCCACUUUUGAUGCUUACACCUGGGGACAGAAGGCAAACAUCAUGAUGCCCGGAAACAAUUUGAUGAUGGGAGGCGCAGGGAUGAUGAUGGCCGGUGGUUUCAGCAAUGGAUCCAUCGUGGACAAGGUACCACAAGACAUGCUGUACAUGGUGGAUCCUCACUGGAACCAGUUCCCACCUCUGAACCCCCUGAUGUACUCGCUGCUCGCCUUCGUCAUCACCGUCAUGGGCUUCAUCAGUAUCGUCGGCAACUUCGUCGUCAUGUACGUGUUCAUGUCCACCCGGAGCCUUAAGACCCCGUCAAACUUGCUCGUCGUCAACUUGGCCUUCUCUGACUUCAUCAUGAUGGUCUUCAUGUUCCCGUUCAUGGCCGUGUCCAACUUCUACGAAACCUGGGCUUUCGGUCCCCUGAUGUGCGAACUCUACGCAUUCAUCGGAUCUCUCUCCGGUUGCAUGUCAAUCUGGUCUAUGGCCAUGAUUGCCAUGGAUCGGUACCGAGUCAUCUGCAAGGGAAUCGCUGCCAAGCCAAUGACAUACAAGAAUGCCCUGGGUUCCAUCUUGUUCGUGAACAUGGCUUCCCUGAUCUGGUGCUUGGCUCCAUUCUUCGGCUGGAACCGAUAUGUGCCUGAAGGAAACAUGACCGUCUGUGGAACAGACUCCAUGAGCGAGGACUGGUUGAGCCGCAGCUACGUCAUCGCCUAUGCCGUGUGGGUCUACUUCAUGCCUCUGCUCACCAUCCUCUACUGCUACUUCCAAAUCGUCAAGGCUGUUGCUGAACACGAAGAGCAGAUGAGGGAACAAGCACGAAAAAUGAAUGUCCAGAGCUUGCGGUCUUCUGAUUCAGCGAAGACCAGCGCCGAGAUCCGUCUGGCCAAGAUUGCAAUGAUGACCAUCUCUCUGUGGUUCAUGGCCUGGACCCCAUACCUCAUCAUCAACGCCCGAGGAAUCUUCAACAAGGAAUCCGUGACCCCCUUGUUCACUGUCUGGGGCUCGUUGUUCGCCAAGUGCGCUGCUGUCUACAACCCGAAUACGGCAUCAGCCACCCCAAGUACAGGACUGCCCUCUAUGAGAAGUUCCCGUGCCUGGCUUGCACCACCGAGUCUGAUGAUGAGGACGACGUCCGCUCCACCGCCACCGUGGAAGUCGCAUCCACCAUCAAGUCCGAGGAGAAGGCUUGAGCGACAUCUUCAGUGUGUAAUAUAUCUUUCGUGAUAAAAAAAAAUAUCAGCUGCCGAAGUUCGCGUUGAUGAUCGCGUUGAAGUGAUUCUUCCGUGAGGAACUCGGGUUUCUUCCUUCUUGCCCCUGUUUUCAUCGGUGGUUGCUGUGCAUCCUGCUGGUAGGAUCUCUUUCUUGUUAUACAAUCAUAUCGGUGCGUCGUUGUAUGGAAAACACUUGGAGAAAAGUAAAAAACCCUGAGCAUGCAGCAGAAA